AUGUGCCAAAGGCUCACUUUUUUGGAGGAGGAAGUGAAGAAGAUGAAGGCGUCAAGCGGUCAAUCCUCCGCUGUUCAAGAGCAGACAAACGCUGAGGUGGCCAAAUUGCGGGCCGAUCUGGAGAAGAGCACUAAACGGCUCGAGGCCGAACGGGACAAGAGUUCAAGGCAGGCCACUCUACUGGCUCAGCUCAAUAAGCAGGUCGCCACCUUCAACAAUAAGAUUGAGUCGACCAACGUGAGAAAGAAUCGAGAUAUCGAAGACCUCAAUUUAAAGAAUAAGGAGGCCCGGGCCCUCGCCCAAAGACUCAAGGAAGUUGAGGAUUUCCUGGUUGCCGAGUAG